AUGAUACACCCGCUUCGCUGUGUAAGAUCAUCACAUCCUCUGUCACGUACUCUGUCAGUUUCUUUGGGGCCCGUUAUCAGAACCAUACAGAGACCCACGCGCUUGUGUCACUUGAAGCAUGCAAGCUUAUGGCCCAACAUCAUAAAUGUGAGUACGGCGGCAUGUCGCGGUCUGAUAGCAGUUGGUCCACGUCCGAUUCUCUCGUUGUUGACUGGCCAUUGGCCCCUUUCGGAUAUUAAACUGAGCAUACUGUAUCCGUCUCCAACUGUAUCUUGGUGCAGACUGUGGUUCACAUGUGCUAUGGAGCUUCCUAUCCAGAUUCACCAGCGGGAAACCUCGACCCAGUGCGAAUACGGCUCCGGGAAUUGCCUCUUGAAGGAUGGAUCGAUGCUCAUCUGGUCACCGAAUAAGCAGGAAACUUGCCGGUUUGAACCCUUGAUGAAAAUGUGUAACCCAGCUGCAGAACACUGCGGUUCCCAACUGAUCCUUUCCGACCAAGGUUACGCGCUCGCGCCCAGUAACACGGAUUCCUCGUUCCUCGUCGCCUCCAACCAGCUGGCUGCGCAAUUACAGCUGUGGAAGCAUCCGUCGGUUCAACGCACGAAAACACUGAACACACUGCUGGAAAAGUACAAGGCGUACGCGGAUGAAAUAAAUCCCACAGGCGACGACCGUACACAGUAUGAUGAGUACUCCACUGCGGUAAAUCUGAUCGCUGGAGGAAUCAAAAUCAUCAAAUCAAGCAGGGACUCCCUGUAG